GCAAGGUAAGGCACAUAUGUAGCCUUCAUUUAACGGUUGAAAACUUUUACCUGGAGCACCGUACUGAGUUCUUGAAAAUGACUCCUAUUCUGUGGACUUCUUUUCAACUUCCCAUUUCAAAUUGCACCAGACCCAUCUCAUUUGCUGCUCAGACGAGAAGACUCCGAGAGAAAACAAAAGAUGACAAGAGUUUGGUUGUGUUCAGAGAGAAGACCACUGCCGUGGCGACCAAAGCAGAUGCUGUCCCUAGCAAUAAGGCAGAUUAUGUCAUCACUAAACUUGAUGAUCUGGUGAACUGGGCUCGAAGGAGUUCCCUAUGGCCUAUGACCUUUGGUCUGGCGUGCUGUGCAGUGGAGAUGAUGCACAUGGCCGCUCCCAGGUAUGACAUGGACCGCUUUGGGGUGGUGUUCAGGGCCAGUCCUCGACAAGCUGAUGUCAUGAUUGUGGCUGGGACUCUGACCAAUAAAAUGGCACCUGCUCUUCGCAAGGUCUAUGAUCAGAUGCCAGAGCCUCGAUAUGUCAUAUCCAUGGGAAGUUGUGCAAAUGGUGGAGGCUACUACCACUAUUCAUAUUCUGUGGUGAGAGGCUGUGACCGCAUUGUACCAGUGGAUAUAUACGUACCAGGGUGUCCUCCAACUGCUGAGGCCUUGCUGUAUGGUACCUUGCAGCUGCAGAAGAAGAUCAAACGUGAGAAGAAACUUCAGAUCUGGUAUCGCAAAUGAGCUGUAUGGUUGUGGUUUGUUGUGGUUGUGGAAUGUUAAACUGUAAGUACAUGACUGCUAAUGUAUGAUGUAUUAUAGAUGAUGAUUAUAGUCAUCAGUCUUUUGAAAUGAGGAUGGACAAUUUCUCACAGGAG